AUGUAUCUGAUCGGCGAGUGGAAGAGGCACUCUUUAGUGUGGCUGGCUAAAGCUAGGUUGCCAUGGCUGACGCGAACCAUUUCAGGUAGCUACUUCCAGCCCGAUUGUGAUGUCAAGUUGGAGAGUCUUGGUAGCCGUGCAUGUGAGGGGAUCGGGUUCGAUUUGCACAACUAUGACAUCACCCGGCAUAUAGUAGCUGCCGGGACGUGCAUCGGGUUUCAGAAUCGGUUAGCCAAGAUGGGCAUGCAGUUCACUCCAACAUGUUCGAAUAUUGCUCACGGGCCUCUUUCCUCAUUGCGCUCAACGACCGCUAGGAGAUGCCUUGGGAAUUUCUACAGAGCGGCGAGUUGCCGAGAAUAUGCUGCGGCACAGUGUGGUACCUCAUCGUCAUUCGCGUCGCCGGGCUGUGAAAGGGGCUUCCGUCAUGCGAGUGGCCACAGUCAGGAGCUAUUCAUCGCCACGAGGUGCCUGGCGUGGACACAAGUUGUAGUCACUUUCCAGGUCAGCAACUCUGUCUGCCAAUUACACGCGGCUGAAAUUAACCGAACAAAAGCAUGCAAAGAGAGAGAGAUUACAGCAUUCCAGGGCCAGCAGCCUGGCAAUCUCGCAAGGUGGCAAGAGACUCCAGGUAGCAUUCCAGUAUACGCCGCAGCACGAGGCGAAUGCUACAUACGGGUCCAGCCAAUCGCAGACAAUAGAGAUUUGAGGCUAAGCACAUGCGCCACGCAGCGCCACGCAGCUAAGCCGCAGGCUCCAGCCAAUCACUAUGCUCAGUGCCUGAAACUAGAGCAUCGAUCUACAUGUAGUCUCCAAACGCAUGGUCCCUAUCGCAUCUUCACCAUUCUUUCGGUUUCAACCUGCUCAAAUGUCCAUACAAUGUCUUCUGGCAUUCUACAAGCCAUACAAGUGUGCCGGAGCGGAAGCUGGGCGGCGUCCGUGCUCCAAGGCGCGGAGAGCUUUUGCACUGCCCCCUUCCAAGACCGCCGGGCAGCUUGUCUUGUGCCCAUCUCGCCUUCAACGGUUCUAGUCGCCAAAGCAAUCCCUCUGGCCUAUCUUGGCGAAUACUCGCCAGCUCAGCGUCCACCACGACGAUAG